AUGAGCCUCGUGUCCCAACGGUUUCACAAAUUGGUCACGACACCGCACGCAUGGCGCAUUGCGUUUGCCAGAUACUUUCCCGGUGCUGAAUUGUUGGCCACGGGCACAAACAAGGCGACACAGGAGUCAGUUUCGGAUGUCGAGAGAGCACAGCGCAGGUCGUUCACGCGGUUGUCCGCCCUUUCCUCGUGGAGGAGCGAGUAUAUCCUUCGGACACGAUUGCUACGCUCUCUCGGCCGCGGCCGGCCUGCGAUUGAAGCAAUAUCUCGUGCUGGUGCUUCCCGUCAUGCCAGUAGCGCAGCUGCGGCUGCCGUUACUACCUAUGCAUCCGGCUUGUACUAUCCAGUCAGUCAUCUGCACGCUACAUUCGGGGUGGGCUUAAACAAGAAGCAGCCGUUGUUCAUGCAUGGAGCAGUGGAGCAAGGCGCCGUCACCGUAAGCGACCCGGCCAGUGGUAAACCUGGUUCAUGGGGACUGACGGAUUUCGAUGCCUUCAAACACUUUGCUGACCAGUUCCCUGGUGAAUUGCCUUAUGGGUUGGGACCCGGGAACAUGGUUGGGAUGACCAAUGUCAUGGACCUCAGUCAACCUUAUGGGAAGGUAUAUGGAGAGGCUUGUCCAGGAGGGCGAGUCUUCUACACCUCGACGAGCGAGCAGCGGGGCCGAUUUGUGUCCAUUUCCUCAGCGGCCAACCAUGCGCUCGGUAUCCCUGAAACGACGAUGAUCGGCUGUGCUGUGUGCUCGGUCUGGAUUGCCAAGUCCGAGUCUGUUCUCAAGGCCACCAGUGGUAUAUUCGGCUUUCUUGCAGGGUUCUCGAAUGGAGUGCUGGCAGCGUAUGCCCUCGGGGUCAACCCGGUCCAUGAUCGCCGGUUUGACAAGGGAGAACUUACAGCCAAAUGGGUUCUCUGUCCAGGUGUCCCGAUCAUUGCAAUCUGUGUCGAUGAGAGGGUCUCCGCUCGGAGAUUAUCUUCACGUCGGAUCUGGGCUACUGUGCUUAAUGCGCUUGGAGAGGUAUUCUACCUCACAGACGUCCCUACGAGGCCAGAGUUUGUCGGCAAGGCUUCGCCCGAAGAGCUUGAUCGCCUGGCUUGGAGAACGGGAAGAAGUGUGCAAUGGUCAUUGGUCGAGGCUACGCGACGAACAGCAAAACCAGACCCGUUUGGCACGGCAAAGGUUGAUGGCAGUUACAGUCCACGCAUCUCGAGCGACGCAUGUAACUUGAGCAAAGAUCAGAUCGUCGCUGAAACCAAAGAAGUCGAGGAAUUUCUACGCCACAAGCCAAAGCAUUUUCAGAACAUCUGCAACGGGUGGGACAUGCAGCGACGACUGACCACUGAUUUUGCUGGAGACGACGGUGCCAAUGCUGGGGAAUCCGUUUUCGUCGUGGAAUGCGGGUUGUAUGGGAACAACGGGGCUUCGGUACGCCGUUUUACCAGAUGCAUGACCAAGAUUACAGUCGAUCCGGAGCUGGACAGCUGGCCAACGAUCCAGUCGACCAUCAAGCAGGCUUCCAUCUUUGGGACGACAAGCCCACCUCAACAAUCUCCGUACUCCUCUCCAGCGCCGAGAAGUGUUCCCAGGUCGCGUACUUCUAGCCAAGAUGACAUUGUGAGCUCGAGAUCUAGAGAAGUUUGGCACAUUUCGAACUUCUCAUUUGCUGAACACCGAAACAUCCACAUCUCGGCAUUGGCUUCUGACGAGUCGGAGUUCGCCACCCUGCACGUUAGUGAGGAUCCUCUCCUUGGAAUGUCUGGUGGCUCCAAUACAUCUUCCCCUCUUGCGUCGCCUCUAGGCCACAGCGGCACGUUGAGCUCGAGCUUGGAGAUUCCGGGUCACCGUGCGCGACUGUUCGGGAUCGGUACAAUGUCUGGCAUUGUCAUGCUUUGGGACAUGCGUGCUGGCCUCUCUCCCAGUCCCGAGGUUGUCAACACCAUCUCGCCAGUCAGGGUCAUAUACACAAAGUCUCCGCAGAUUGCCUCGCUUGCUCUCACCUCUCUGUACGUUGUUCACGGGGGUAAUGAAGGUCUGGUUCAGGCAUGGGAUCCGCUGGCGUCCACAAAUGAACCAGUCAGGACACUCAAUUCUCGAUUCUCGGACCGAGCAAGACGACGCAUCGCUCAAGCUGAAGCUUCUGUGCAAGGCGUUGGAAACAACUACUAUGCCGCUGGAGCGAUUGUCCUGGACCCAGACCCGACAGUGUUGCGGGGCAUGGUUUCGUUGGGUUCUUAUGUCCGAUACUGGUCUUAUAGCUCGACUGCCGCGGAUGCGUACAAGACGCGCAAAAGGGGCCAGCUCCGUCGCCGCUCAGAGCGCGGCAGCAACUCUACGCCAGCUAGCCAGAAGGUCAGCGCAACCGGACGUGGACUGAUCAAGGACUAUAUCAGUAAUGAGAGGCAUGAAAUGGAGCGGGAUAAAGUCGUAAGGCAGAAAGAGCUUGAACGUCUGAGCGGACGAUUUGGUACCAAUAUCUUGGGUGAAGGGGCAAGUGAGGAGGAGCUACUGGCCUAUGCUACGAUGUUGAGCGAGGAAGCGUUUUCCAGCGAUCAGAAGAAGAGGCAGGAGACUUAUGGCGACACUUCGAUUGCCUCGCCCAUUCCAUCUCACAGUGGCGCAGAGAAUGCAACUGAUGCCGAGCUGGAGGAAGCCAUUCGUCUGAGUCUGCUGGAAAGCGAGCAGAUGUCGUCUUCACCAGCAAUGAGCGCCAGUGACUUUGACAUUCCCAUUCGGUAUGCGAAAGGCUCGAGACAUGGAGCACCUUCGAGAAGUGGGAAGGCCGGGAGCAGCAAAGCAAAGGCAGCUACGCAGGAGGAGGACGAUUUGGCAUUUGCCUUGCAGUUGAGUCUCGCCGAGGAACAGAGCCGCAUGGCCAUGGACGAAGACUUUCCUAUGCUUUCGAAAUCCACGAGUGGUGGCUCGGACGGGAGUGGGAAGGGGAAGGGCAAGUCCAAACGGCGUUGA